AACACGCGCUGUUGCUGUCAGACAGAUCGGAAUGGCUGGCAGACAGUUUGUAAAAGUGUAUCUGGAUCUCUUGUCACAGCCAUGCAGGGCUGUACUAAUAUUCCUCAAAAACAACAAAAUACCACAUACGAUGGUAAACGUGGCAUUACGAAAAGGGGAGCAGAAUUUACCUGAGUUCACCAAACUCAACCCCAUGCAAAAAGUGCCAGUGAUGGAAGACAAUGGAUUUGUCCUCACUGAGAGUGAUGCUAUAUUAAAGUAUCUGGCAACAACCAACAACGUCCCUGAUCACUGGUACCCCAAACACCCUGAGAAGAGAGCCCGGGUGGACGAGUACACAGCAUGGCAUCACAUGAACACGCGCAUGCACGCUGCCAAAGUCUUCAUGUUUGAAGUGCUGCUACCGCGUAUGAUGGGACAGCCCACAGAACCUGUGAAGAUAGAGAAGGCACUGGCGGAGCUGGAAGACACACUGGACAAGCUGGAAAACAUGUUUCUCAAGAGACAGGCCUUCCUAUGUGGCGAUGACAUCUCAUUGGCUGAUUUGUUAGCAAUUUGUGAGCUCAUGCAGCCGCUGGGCAGCGGGAGGGACGUUCUGAAGAACAGACCCAAACUGCUGAGCUGGAGAACCCGUGUGCAGUCUGCGCUCGCCGACUCCUUUGAUGAAGCACACAGUGUUGUCUACCAUCUCAGGGAUAAAUCCAAAGCUAAACUGUGAAAAAUCAGGCCUUGCAACUCAUUGUAACUCACUCUUGACAGAGAAAAUACACAGAUUACUCACAACAUUAAAACUACCUGCCUAAUAUUGUCAUAAACAUGCCACCCAAACAGCACCAACCCGCAUCUCAGAAUAGCAUUCUUAGAUUAUAUUCUUCUCACCACAAUUGUACAGAGCGGUUAUCUGAGUUACCGUAGACUUUGUCAGCUCAAACCAGUCAUUCUCUGUUGACCUCUCUCAUCAACAAGGUAUUUUCAUCUGCAGAACUGCCGUUCACUGGACUUUUUUUUUUUUGGCACCAUUCGGAGUAAAUUCUAGAGACUGUUGUGCGUGAAAAUCCCAGGAGAUCAGCAGUUACAGAAAUACUCAAACCAGCCCGUCUGGCACCAACAAUCAUCCAUGCGAUUAUCUAAUCAUUCAGAUACAGGUCAGGAGCAGUUAAUGUUCACAUCAUCCAUCAGAAUGGGUAAAAAAAUUGAUCUCCGUGAUUUCCACAGUGGCAUGAUUGUUGGUCGCUGGUAGUGGUGAACUUUGCCAUGAACUCUCGAUUUUCACAAGGGUUAAGCUCAAUCGACAGCAUUUGUGGCAUGAUAUUGAUUACAACAAAAAUUAAUGGACUCAUUCCUCCUUUUCAUUAAAAAAUGCAAUUAUCCUGGUUACUGUGAGGCACUUACAAUGAAAGUGAAUGGGGGCAAAUUUAUGAACAUUCAAAUACUUUUUCAAAAGUUUAGCAAAAAGACAAAGGAUAUGCGUGUACUCAUGACUUUAGUGGGAUAGUCACAAACCUUAUCUGUGUAAAGUUAUAGCCGAUUUUACAGCUUCGUUACCAUGACGAUAUAGUCAGGUAGAGUUUUAAUAGACAAAUUAAUGCAAGUGCUUUUAUAAAAUUAUAAGCUUCACAUUUCUGUUUAAACCCUCCAAUAAUUGCAAAAUCUGCCAAAAGGGCAACACCUCCCCCUCCAGGAAGGGAAUGGGGGAUUAAGUCAGGACAGAGUUCUCACUGGCCUGAAUCUGGUGGAGGAGUGUUACGAGGAGGGGGGUGUGGCCACGCCGUGAUGACACACACCUGGCGAUGAGUUGACUAAUCAGUGGGAGAGAGAUAAGGGGGGCUGAAGAUUCCAGUUCGAGACGCAUGAAGCUGUGUGUCUUUGUUUGUUUUGCAGUUUAUCUUUGAUUUCAGUUGGUUAUCAAUGUUUUACUUUGACCGUUCAGCUGGUUCCCGCCGCCUCCUUGCACAUCUUAAGAAUGUUGUUACAGCCACAAACGCUGUUGAUUGAGCUUAACUUGUACUGAACCCGGAACAUUUCCUUUAAGUUGAUUUUUCUUACCCAUCCAGGUCCAAUUUUCUUUAAAAUUGUAUUACUAAAUUUUGUUAGAUUUAUAUAUAUAUAUAUAUAUAUAAAAAAUGCAUUUUACCAAUGGGAUAAAAAGAAUUUUCUUUGUCGUCUUAUCUCACACAAUAUUGCUUCUUAAGGAAUUAUUGUUUUAAAGAAUGUUUAGAUGUUAUUACUGGAAAACAAGAAUUUUUUUUGCUGCAUGGGAAUAAUAAAGGAUCUUAUCUGUCGC